GAUGUGUAUUUACGGCUGGUUUCGAGUGGUGGUCCGUGAGCCAGAGGUGAGGUUGUGGAACGGGGAGGGAGAGUUUGUUCAGGGCUGAGGAAGGGAGGUGGCAGCAGCAGCAGCAGCAACAGCAACGGCACUAGCAGCAUCAGCCGGUGGGAGGGAAGUGGUGGUUGUACUGGAUUGGACUGGACUGGAUUCGGCUCGGCUCCAGGGCUAGUUUGUUGCCCUGGUGAUGGACCCAGCGCUGCCGGAGUCACCUCAUCUUCCCUGGGCAAUGUCCACUCCGGGUGCCUGAAGCUGCUUUCACUCCUUCACCGACUCGCUGUCACCAUUUAAACCAGGCAAAGAUGAUUACAGAAGGCAAUUCUUUCAUGAAGGGUGUGAUGUUGGGUGGAAUGUUUUAUUUGGUGUUCACCCUUUUUGAUAACAAGAUGCGCGGAGAAUCGGGACUGCGAAGCCACGAACAUCACCAUCUCAAAGCUCCCAACAAGGAAGAACUGCUGAAGCUUCCAGAGUCGAAGCGUAUGGAGCUUAGUCUGACUAUCCGUGUUUUGUGUUUGAUUAUGGUUACACCCAAAGAAAUUGGCUACUGGGCCUCCGUGGUAGAAACGUGGAGCAAACAUUGUGAUAAAGCUGUGUUUUACAGCCCGGAAACCAUUAAAAUCUUCGAAUCAGUCAGCCUUGCAACAGAAGAUAAAUGGGUCCAGACCAGAAAAGCCUUCAAACAUGCAUAUGAAAACUACAAAGAUGAUUAUAACUGGUUUUUCUUUGUAGAGUCAACUACGUUUGCAAUUAUUGAAAAUCUUAAGUUCUUUUUGUUGAAUAAAGAUCCAGAACAGCCUUUCUAUGUUGGUCAUACAGUCAAGUCUGGUGAUUUGGAAUAUGUAGAAUCAUCUUCAGGUGUGGUCCUAAGUAUAGAAGCAUUAGAAAGGUUCUACAAGGUUCUUGAUGAUCCUGUGAAAUGUCCAGAAAAGGGGAGUUUGCUGUGGAAGAUGUCUGAAGAAAAGGAACUUGCAGUAUGUCUGAAGUACACAGGAGUUUUUGCUGACAAUGCAGAAGAUAAUGAAGGAAAAGAACUGUUCAACUCAAAAAAUAUAAAUGCCCUUGUCGUGGAGGCAAUGUCUAAUAAUCCAAAUGAAGUUGUGGAAGGAUGCUGCUCUGAUGUGGCUAUUACUUUUCAUGGACUUUCACCUAAUCAUAUGCAUGUCAUGAUGUAUGGCGUUUACAGGCUACGACCUUAUGGGCAUACGUUUAACGAUGCAUUGAUUUUCAUGCCACCUGUAGGCUCAGAUAAUGAUUAAAUGCCUCUUGCUUCUAUGCUAGAGACAUUCCAGGAUAUGAAUUAUGAAAACUGCAAAGGAGAUGUUUCUGUUGUUGUUUAAUAUGUUCUUCUAGUUUUGUAAAAUCUCAAAGAAAUAUUGUUUCUAACUGAAAAUGUGCCUUCAAUGUUAAUAAGCAUAAAAUGAUGUAACUAACAACUUGGCUGAAAAAUUGAUCAUACUUAAUUUGUGGUUUUCUUAAACUGCAGGGUUAACAGGAACAGGUUUUAGUUACUGAAUGGCAGAGUAAAUGUUGCUAGGAGUCAGUAAAACAUUUUGGCAAGCAUCAAAAAUUUUUGUAAAAUGUUCAUGUGAACUUUGAAAAAGCACCCGGUUGUACAAUUGUUUAUCAUUUCAAGCCUGAGUUUUGAGCUGUGUAAUACAAGGGUGGUUAUAGGGAUGUCACUGGUGAUAGAAGUGAUGAAUUCUGAGUAUCGUACAAGAAACAUAUGACCCAACAAUGAACUGUAUUACUUUGAGUAAAAUUUUCAGUCAAGCAUUUUAGCAGAUCUCUCAUUAUGUUGCUUACGUCGGUUUGGAUAUUGUACUGUUUAUAAAGACUGGGUAUUGUAUAAUGUGACUCAAUGUUUUAUUUUUCUGCUAAGGUGAAUCUGCCCUGUUCCUUGAAAUCGCAGCCUAUUACUGUGCAAUGCUGAGGACAAAUAGAGUUUAAUCACUAGUUUUGGGUGGUGUUUGCAUAUUGGUAGGUGCAAUUACAAGCUCUAACCUGCAAACUUGCUUCAUCAACCUCAACCUGUAAUUGAUCUCUGUGUUUAUUUACUGCCGUUUUCAAAAGUAAUUUUCUUUCUCAAGUGUGACACCUGCAACUUUAUUAAUUAUCAGGACUUAGAUUAUGUAUAUAGGUUUUGAAACUAAUGCGAUUCUGUCACACAUCUGUGUCGAACCAUCAUUGUCACAUUUCAUUGCACACCAUACAUCCCACUUGGACCUAAGUGUGUAAAAUAACAAUGAUUAAGCAAAAUGAUGUCAUAUAUAAAUGAGAAAAGUAAUUUUCUGCAGGUUUUUCCUGAAUUUGAUACUGUCAUUACUCAGAAUAGCAUAUUUAAAGUAAAACAUCCCUAAACACUUCAGAUGUGUAAUGUAGAAAAUUCCCUCAGCAACAGCAAUUUACGUCUUUGACCUGAGGAUGUGCCUACAUGGGCCAAUUCUGGGAACAGCUGAACAGUAGCUUUGACAGGAUGUUUUGAGGUAAAGUGGUAAUCUCAUUGGGAUGGUAGUAAUCACUUUUGAAGGGGGGAAAACAUUUGCACAAAUACAGUAAGGGAUGCUUUUCUGCAAAGGGGAAUUGUUUGACCAAAGAAGGAACUUCACUGCAUCUGUCCUGAAGUUAGUGGGUAUAAAACUGUAAAAUUCCCAGCUUCAUUGCCCAAGUCCAUCACAUCAAACACAGAAAUUUGCUGAAAAAAAAAGCAUUACCAGCAAAGAGUUUCAUUGAAAGGAAUGCAUGAUGAUACGAUUCUGGAAUAUCUUUAUUUCACAACUUUCCUAGUUAGUGCAUUUUAAAUUUCCUUUGCUUGACCUCCAAAGUGGAAUAAAUGAAAGUUGGGAUCAAGUCUUGUGCCUUCUACAAUGUUCUAAGCUGUAUCUUUUGUUCGAGUGUCAGCUAUUAAGAUGAGCCAUGCACGGUUACUAACUGUGUUUGUAAUUAUGAAUGUGAUUAUGUAGCUCCCCCUAAGGUUUAGAUACCAGGGAUGUCCAACCUUUUUGAGCUGAGAACUUAUCGUAGAUGAGCCACAUAAGACUACACAAAAAUGCAAUUUCCCAUUCAUACAGUCCCUAUACAUGAAAACAUUGAAGUCCCAAAUAGAAUGCUGUACACUAAAAAACAGUCCCAAGGCUAAUCAUACAAAAACUUAAAGCAUUUCCUCCUCCUAUUCAUCUUUCCUCCUAUCGCCCUCUCAAUAUCCUCCUUUCACUUCCCUUCCCAUAGCACAUUUUAUCCAUCUCCGCCUCUUGCUUCUCAUUGCUUCCUUGCCUUUCUUCCUCUCCCCUCAACCCUGAAUCUGCUUUUCCUUCUCUUAAAAGCAGUGGUGUAUAGUCCAGUGGUGCUGGGGAUUAGUCUAGAGGAAACUGGAAGAAAUCAAGUAGGGAUCAGGCUUGGAGCACAAUACCGCUGAUCUUGGAGAUGGAAGGCCUUAAUCAAAGAUAAGUAUGUCAUAAAUAUAUAGGUAUAGUUCCAGCAAGGUGUUGAAAGAAGCAGGUGUGAUACAGGAAGUGUGCACUUGGCAAAAUACUUCUAAUAUGUUAUUAGGCACUCUCUUGUCAUGUUGCACUAGUCUUCAGGUGAAAGGUUAGAGAAUGGGGUAUAUUCAAUCAAGCUAUGAAUAUGUGAUUCAGUCCUCAUUUUAAAGUCAUGCAUUUUGUUCUGUUUUAUAGUCUUUGAUUUGAUGUUUAUAGUUAAAUAGCAAAACAUGGCAAUUUGGGAACAGAAGUAUAAUUGACUGGGGCAUAGCAAUUUAUCAGCAUUGCAAACUAAGCAACUAGGAACACUUCAGCUCCACUAUUGGUAAGAGUGAACAGUGCAAUUGCAGAAUGACAAGUUUAGAUCGGCAGUUUUCAUUAUAAACGUGGACAUGGGAGUUUAUAGUGCAAAAGCUUUACACAAAAUUGCGCUGCAGGGUUUGCAGAGAGGAAGUGCAUACAGAUUUUUAAUAUAAAUAUCAAUAUAUUGAAGUAUUACUAUAAAAUGGGAAGUAACCUUACCUCAGAUUGUCAGCACUUUAGCUUAUAAUUUGCUUAGGUUUUCGUGAAUAUGUCAAUGUAAUAUUGAAUAUUUCCUGAUUUACAUUAUCUAUGGAUUAAUUGAGAUUCAAACAUAAAUUCUAAUGUUGGGGCAACUUUUUUUCUUCUCAUGAUUUUCAGGAACAGUUUGUCAAAAGUAGAUUUUUUCCAAGGAUGAUAUGAAGCUAGUUAUAUCCCAUCUACAUUUUGAAUUCACAAAGCAACUGCUGAAUGCAGGAAAUGUGUGAGUUCGUGAAUGUUGGACUUGGACCGUGGAACACAUGAUUAUACCAUUAUACGUUAAUAGAUUGUGUAAAGUUUUCAUCUCGGCAUUGUGAUUCUAAUUUCAGUAAAGUAUAACAAUGAACAUGUGGAAUUUUCAAACUGUGUACAUAGAACCAGCACUAUGAAAAUGUAUUUCUCUGUCUGAACUUGGGUUGUAUUGAGAGAGAGCAUUUUGAGCUAUACAACAUGCAGCUUUAUCACUGGUGAUGGUACUUCUGAUGAUGAUUUGAGUAUCACUCGUUGACAUCACAUGAUGUGUGUUUUCUUGUAGAUAAUUGGUAUCAAGAUAUUAAGUUAGUCUUUUGGGGGAGGGGGUGCUUUUGGGCACUAAUGGUCCUUUCUUGUCCUGAUUCUUACGUUCAUCUGUAUUUGUAUUGGAAAACCUGUUUCAUGUUUUCUAUUUAAAAUAAAAUUUAACUGUACAAAA